UGGUUGGGGGACACAACCUAAGGAUUUGAUGGACUCCAGGCUGGGGAUCUUCCUUCUAGGGUCUCCACCACCCAUCACCUGGGAGUGAACUUGAUCUUCGGGGCUCUGAGAGUCCAACCUGGGCCGGGUGGGGGUGACUUUUGGCUGACCAAACAGAGACAGGCAGACCCAAACAGGCCAUGGCCAAAAACAUCCCAUGUUUUGGGCGUGGCCCCGAAACAUGAACUAGGACAUGGUUCCAGCCAAGAGGGUCAAGGAGGCACAGGACUAACAGGGAAGGACACAGGCUGCUGUCAGGACACACACCCAAGGCGAGAACACUGCUGACGUGGCAGCCCGCCGCCCCAGCCCCUUACUGCCCCCCGCCCCUCUCCCCCGCCUGCCAGCUGCCAACAGGGCUCUGCCCUGUGUCUGCCACACCUGUCACUGCCUGUCCUUGUCCAGGGGGAGCCCCAUCAGCCCCUCCUCAGCUGCCCAGCAGAGCAAGCGGUUAGUGGGGAGGGGAGGGAACAUGGAGCGGGGGCCGGCGGUGGGGGCAGGGCGGGGGGCCGGGGCCCAGAUCUGGGCACUGCUGGGCUGCUUGGUCAGGGUGCUGCUCUGGGUGGCCUCUGCUUUGCUGUACUUUGGAAGCGAACAGGCUGCCCGCCUCCUGGGCAGCCCCUGCUUACGGCGCCUCUACCAUGCCUGGUUGGCAGCAGUGGUCAUCUUCGGGCCCCUUCUGCAGUUCCAUGUCAACCCUCGGACCAUCUUUGCCAGCCAUGGCAACUUCUUCAACAUAAAGUUUGUGAAUUCGGCGUGGGGCUGGACGUGCACCUUCCUGGGGGGCUUCGUGUUGCUGGUGGUGUUCCUGGCUACACGGCGCGUGGCAGUGACUGCCCGGCACCUGAGCCGCUUGGUGGUUGGGGCAGCUGUGUGGCGGGGUGCCGGCCGGGCCUUCCUGCUCAUCGAGGACCUGACGGGCUCCUGCUUCGAGCCUCUGCCCCAGGGCCUGCUGCUCCGCGAGCUGCCGGACCGCCGCAGCUGCCUGGCGGCCGGCCACCAGUGGCGGGGCUACACCGUCUCCUCCCACACCUUCCUGCUCACCUUCUGCUGCCUGCUCAUGGCCGAGGAAGCAGCAGUGUUCGCCAAGUACCUGGCCCACGGGCUGCCCGCCGGCGCACCCCUGCGCCUUGUCUUCCUGCUCAACGUGCUGCUGCUGGGCCUCUGGAACUUCUUGCUGCUCUGCACCGUCAUCUAUUUCCACCAAUAUACUCACAAGGUGGUGGGCGCCGCGGUGGGCACCUUUGCCUGGUACCUCACCUACGGCAGCUGGUAUCAUCAGCCCUGGUCUCCAGGGAUCCCGGGCCAUGGGCUCUUCCCUCACCCCCACUCCAGCCACAAGCAUAACUGAAAGAAAUAAAGGCACUUCAGGCCUG